AUGACGACGAAAAUCCCUUUUGAUGAGUCCCUUUGGCAUGAAUACCUCGCUGGUCAAGAGGCUCAACUGCCUGCUCUUUCUACUGUGGAAAAUGUUAGCGAUCGCGUGACCCGAGUUCUCGCGGGCAACCCAGGAUUGAUGCAGUUGCAAGGCACCAAUACCUAUCUCGUCGGAACAGGCACGUCGCGGAUUCUGAUUGACACUGGGGAGGGUUUGCCAUUUUGGAUUGAUCAAAUUAUGAAGGUCCUCAAAGAGCGUGCCCUCAGUCUUGCCUUCAUAUUGCUUACGCACUGGCAUGGAGAUCACACAGGUGGAGUUCAAGAUCUUAUCCUACAAGAUCAAAGUCUGAGAUCAAAAGUUUAUAAGAACCUGCCCGAUCGUGGGCAAAACCCUAUCGUAGACGGACAGGUAUUUCAGGUCGAAGGAGCUACCAUUCGUGCAAUAUUCACGCCCGGUCACGCUAUAGACCAUAUGUGUUUCCUGCUUGAGGAAGAAAACGCCAUCUUCACGGGCGACAACAUGCUAGGUCACGGCUUCUCAGUGGUGCAGGACCUCGCAGAAUAUAUGAAGAGCCUUGCACGCAUGCAGGCGCUGGAUUGUGUAGUCGGCUACCCCGCGCAUGGCGCCAAGAUUAAAGAUCUGCCGGCAAAGAUGCAGGAAUACACCAGGCAUAACGAAUUACGCAUCCAGCAGGUUACCUCAGCUUUAUCGUCGAAAGCGCCUGGUAUGACAUUGCCCGAAAUUGUGAGAUCCAUCUACGGCGAUGUGCCAGCCGAUCUUGCUGAUAAUGCCAUUAUUCCCUUUUUGUCGCAGGUCCUUUGGAAACUUGCUGAAGAUCGAAAGGUUGGAUUUAAGGCAGGUCGGUCUAAUCAGAGGCGAUGGUUUGGGCUGUGUUCUGAUGUGGUAGCGCCCAGCUAG